AUGUCUGCCAACCCUUCGCCUGACUCGUGUGGCUCGGACUAUUUGCCGACGGAUAUGGAGCCGGAAACCAGUGCCGUGAGUGUGUCGGAAAAAUGUGCGGUUUGUGGAAAACCGGCGUUCUGCUACAAUUAUGGGGUUCUCUCGUGUAAUGCGUGCAAAAUGUUCUUCCGCCGGGUGGAGGUAGACCACAUCACGUAUAACUGCAAAUAUUGGAACACGUGCUACGAUGGACAAGAGUAUGUUGACGCCAAUAAUGUCUCCACGCGAUGCCGAGCAUGCCGAUAUCGGCGUUGUAUUGACCUCGGCAUGAGAUAUAUAGCUCCAGGAAAACCAGACUUGGAACUCGUGAACCAAGUGGAUGGAAAACUGAAUACACUGCUUCAAGAACUGGUUCUCAUGGAUGCAAGAAGAAGUCAUAAAAUCCUGAACUUUUACACAUCUGAAAAUCCAACUCUAAGACAAAUGGUCACAAGGAGCAAAGGGUCACGUAUGGUGCUUAAAAAAGCGACGCAGGAGGUGAACAUCCAUGAAUGGAGUUUUCUAACGAUUUACGUAUCUGUGGAAAUGUUUCUGAAUCUUGACUUUAUGCAGAAUAUCGACAACGAAGAUAAGAUUGUGCUUCUACGAGAGUUCUCACUGAAAACCUUGGUGUUAAAUAGUGCAAUGAGGGCGAUUUUGAACAAAACCGACAGAGUUAUGACUCCAGACGGGAAGGAUGUUUACCCGGAUCGAUUGCUCCAAAUGUUCUCGUUGGAUUUUCUCAACAACAUCCGCAGCCGGUUGGCAACUCGGUUUAGAGAGCUGAAAGUGAGCAGUGAAGAGCACAUGCUCCUCAAUUUGAUAUUAUUUUGUAAUUCCGCCUUACAUCCACUGUCUGACGAAACAAAGAAAACGUUGAGCGCUCGUCAAAAAGUGUAUAGCUCGGCACUUCUGCAACUGUGCCUAUCAACAUAUCAACAAACUGGGCCAUCUCGAUUCGCAGAUCUCUUGUCAAUUUGCCACGUGGUCAACAAGACGGUGGAAGACGUCACGUAUCUCACAUCUCUUUUCAAACUACAAAUGCCGUUUAUAGAGUACAAAAAAUUGUUUGUAGAUGUUGUGCAUCUUAUAUAA